AUGAAACGGUUCCUCAAUCCCAGGGUGUAUUCAUUACACAUUGUUGCAAAACGCUUUAGUAUGGUGCAACAAAAAGAGGAAAAUGAUCAAAGAUAUGCCUAGUUCUUUAAUAAAACGCCGCUUUCCAACUCCAAGCUAGGUAGCUAAAGCAGCCAGCCCAUUGUAUUCCGGCAGCUUUUCAUCCCAACAAGCUUCACACUUUAAAGGAUUCCAAUGGCCUGCUUUAGCAUUAGCUUGGAGAUAGAAAGCUGUGUUUUAUGAAUAAGCUAAAUGUAUUUUGAUCAUUUUUAUUCACUACUUUGAGUUGAGGGUUAAUCGGGAGAAGCCUAUGCCAACUCAAGGCCUGGAUUGAGGAACAUUUUCAUAUCCUUUUUGAGUCUGGGAUCCGUAAGGUGAUCAUUGGAUGAACAGUCGGCCCUCAUCGUCAUACUCCGGCUAUAAUACUCCUAUGGUCUUCUCUUCCAGUGGCUGAAGCUGGCCUCUGAUGAUGUCAAGGAACAGAUCUUCAAGCUGGCGAAGAAGGGAUUGACCCCCUCUCAGAUUGGUAAAGUUAACAAGUACUACCACUGUGUAAUAGGAAUUUCCACAAAAGGAGAGCUGUCAUUGAUAAUAUCAAUUUUAAAAAAAUCUAUCUGGUUUAAUACAAAAAUUCAGGGAGAACACCUCCAGCACAGAAUUACAGGAAAUGUCUAACUGGGCUCUUGGAGACAGGCGUUUUAUAUUCUAAUCAGGUCGUACAAAAUGUUCUCUAAACAUUUACAUUGAAGUCGUUUAGCAGACACUCAUCCAGAGCAACUUACAGUGAAAACAUGAAAGAAAGGGGAAAUGUAUAAAAAUGUUAAGCAUUGUGUUAAUCACUCUUAAAGCUGCAAUAUGUAACUUUUUGGGUGACUUGACCAAAUUUAUAUAGAAAAGAGUUUGAUCUGUCAUUGGAAGCAAGUCCUGAGUGGCGCAGUGGUCUAAGGCACUGCAUCGCAGUGCUAACUGUGCCACUAGAGAUCCUGGUUCGAAUCCAGGCUCUGUCGCCACCGGCCGCGACCGGGAGACUCAUGGGCGGCGCACAAUUGGCCCAGCGUCGUCCAGGGUAGGGGAGGGAAUGGCCGGCAGGGAUAUAGCUCAGUUGAUAGAGCAUGGCGUUUGCAACGCCAGGGUUGUGGGUUCGAUUCCCACGGGGGGCCAGUAUAAAAAAAAUAUGUAUUCACUAACUGUAAGUCGCUCUGGAUAAGAGCGUCUGCUAAAUGACGUAAAUGUAAAAUGUACACCAUUUUUACAUUUUAGUCAUUUAGCAGACGCUCUUCUCCAGAGCGACUUUCAGUUGAAAAUAAAAUAUUUUAGGUUAUGGAAAAUAUAUUUCACAUCGGUUUAGAUGGUACAAUGAUUCUCUACACUAUACUUGCUUAUUUUGUCACAUAAACUGAAAUUAGGCGAACUAUUUGAAUUUUAGCAACCAGGAAAUGCUGGAGCAAUUUCUGAAUAGUGGUAAAUAUUAACUUUACUUUGUCUGUUCCAUAGAAUUAUUACUGACUCAGCCCCUAGGUACUUAUCAUAUUAUUUAACUUAUAUUAGAGAUGUCCACCAAUACAACACCAGAGACUCUAUUGCCUGUUUUUACAUUUAAGAGUGUAUCCGUUAAGACCUUUUUAUAUACUGGCGCUGUUGAGUGGAACAAACCAUCACAGCAACUCAAAGCCUGUGUUUACCAUAACGUAAUUUUAAAAUAAUGUUAAACAAAACUGGCAAAUCCAGUUUAGGGACCACAAUGGAAAUAUGUCAGCCUUUUUUGUGAUAUCCCGGUCAUGUUUUUAUUUUUUUAAACUGGCAAAUACACUGAACAAAAAUAUAAACGCAACAAGAUUUUACUGAGUUGCAGUUCAUAUAAGGAUAUCAGUCAAUUGAAAUAAAUGAAUUAGGCCCUAAUCUAUGGAUUUCACAUGACUGGGAAUACAGAUAUGCAUAUGUUGGUCACAGAUACCUGGAUCAGAAAACCAGUCAGUAUCUGGUAUGACCACCAUUUGCCUCAUGCUGCAUGACACAUCUCCUUCACAUAGAGUUGAUCAGGCUGUUGAUUGUGGAAUGUUGUCCCACUCUUCAAUGGCUGUGCAAAGUUGCUGGAUAUUGGCGGGAACUGGAACAUGCUGUCGUACAUGUCGAUCCAGGGCAUCCCAAACAUGCUCAAUGGGUGACAUGUCUGGUGAGUAUGCAGACCAUGGAAGAAAUUGAACAUUUUCAGCUUCCAGAAAUUGUGUACCGAUCCUUUUAUAUGCUGAAAUAUGAGGUGAUGGCGGAUGAAUGGCACAACAAUGGUCCUCAGGAUUUCGGCAGGGGAUCUCUGUGCAUUCCGUAGCGUAUGCCUGCCCAUACCAUAACCUCACCGCCACCAUGGGGCACAAUGUUCACAACUUUGACAUCAGCAAACUGCUAGCCCACACGACGCCGUACACUCUAUCUGCCAUCUGCCCGGUACAGUUGAAACCGGGAUUCAUCCGUGAAGAGCACACCUCUCCCGCGUGCCAGUGGCCAUCGAAGGUGAGCAUUUGCGCACUGAAGUCGGAUACGACGCCAAACUGCAGUCAGGUCAAGGCCCUGGUGUGGUUGACGAGCACGCAGAUGAGCUUCCCUGAGACAGUUUCUGACAACUAUUUGGUUGUGCAAACCCACAAUUUCAGUAGCUGUCGGGUGGAUGGUCUCAGAUGAUCCCGCAGGUGAAGAAGCCGGAUGUGGGGGGUCCUUGGCUGGCGUGGUUACACGUGGUCUGCGGUUGUGAGGCCGGUUGGACGUACUGCCAAAUUCUCUAAAACGACAUUGUGGAUGCGGCUUAUGGUAGAGAAAUUAACAUUCAAUCCUCUGGCAGCAGCUCUGGUGGUCAUUCCUGCAGUCAGCAUGCCAUUUGCACGCACCCUCAACUUGAAACAUCUGUGGCAUUGUGUUGUGACAAAACUGCAGAUUUUAGUGACCUUUUAUUGUCCCCAGCAUAAGGUGCACCUGUGUAAUGAUCAUGCUGGUUAAUCAGCUUCUUGAUAUGCCACACCUGUCAGGUGGAUGGGUUAUCUUGGCAAAUGAGAAAUGCUCACUAAUGGAUGUAAACACAUUUGUGCACAAAAUUUUAAAGAAACUUUUUGUGAGCAUAAUUUCUUUCAGCUCAUGAAACGUGGGACCAACACUUUACAUGUUGCGUUAAUAUUUUUGUUCAAUAUACAAUCUAUCAAUAUUAAGUAUUCAUAUUAGUAAUAGCAAAUUAUUUUCCUCUGUGGCAGACAAUCCAUGAAUGAGAGCUUAGUAUCUAUUUGUUGUUGAGCUUGAUUUAGGCUAGCUCAUGUGCCUGUGUUUCUUCAGAAUGCGUUGUUGUCAUGCCAAACAGACAGGCAUCCAGCCUUGACUUAGGUCAUUUCUCGACUGUCAAGUUGACUCUGACCCUUCCUUCCUCCCCCUCUGUGUCCAGGUGUCAUUCUGAGGGACUCCCACGGUGUGGCCCAGGUACGCUUUGUCACCGGCAACAAAAUUUUGAGGAUCCUCAAGACCAAGGGCCUGGCCCCAGACCUCCCAGAGGACCUGUACCACCUCAUCAAGAAGGCUGUGGCUGUCAGGAAGCAUCUAGAGAGGAACAGAAAGGUGUGCAUAACAUAAAAAUGUAUUUCCUUGUUGUAGGCUAAUGGCUGAUCAAAUAUGGUUUGAUGGGUGAAAUCUUGUCAUGACAGAACAGUGUUGACUUCAAGGGACGGAGGUUGUGUUUUCUUAUGCUGCAUUGCAUUCAGAAAGCUGUCCCUUCAGCCCCUCAGUCACACUAUUGAUCUGAUAGAAGUGAAGGUUACGGGGUAGAAACUAGACGGUGCGCUACGUCUAUGGAAGUUAGCGAAAAGGGGACCAGAUGUCAGGCAGGGUUUGAAAGAACCAGAAUGCAUGUGUUGCGUUCAUUACACACACACCGCAUGCGUUUUGAAAUGGAAGGGGUACUACCAAAGCUUGUCAAACAAGGAUGCCCGAUUUUUCAUUUUCUGUUCGCAAACAAUUUCCCCCAUUUUGAGUCUAUUAAGCAAGACACGUUGCUUCCAGAGGCAGUUUGGGACUCGGUAGUGAGUGUUGCAACCGAAGACAGACGAUUUUUAUGCACUUCAGCACUCAGCGGACCUGUUCUGUGAGCUUACAGUUGACUGGGGCAGAGCAGAAAAUUAUGAACUGACUUGUUGGAGAGGUGGCAUCCCAUGAUGGUGCCCCGUUGAAAGUCACUGAGCUCUUCAGGAAGGCCAAUUUACUGCCAAUGUUUGUCUAUGUAGAUAGCAUGGUUGUGUGCUCGAUUUCAUACACCUGUCAUCAACGGGUGUGGCUGAAAUGGCCGAAUCCACUAAUUUGAAGGGGUGUCCACAUACUUUUGUGUAUAUAAAGUGUAUGUUUUUGAGUGCAGCAUAUUUUGAGCCAUAUCAUGGACAGCACACUCCCUUCUUGGCCAGGUGUUUUUGUACUGCAUGCGGGAGGAGUCAUGUUCACUCUUCGUGAAUGUAUUGUCAAGUUCUUUGUUUCUAGAUAUGCUAAUAUCUGUACCCCUGUUCUUUGCAGGACAAGGAUGCCAAGUUCCGCCUGAUCCUCACUGAGAGCAGGAUCCACAGGCUGGCCCGUUACUACAAGACCAGGAGAGUACUUGCUCCCAACUGGAAGUAG